AUGGAUUACAGCUCGUUUAGUGGAGUCCCCCGAUUCCUGACCCGGCCUAAGGCCUUUAUGGUGUCUGUGGGGAAGGAUGCCACCUUGAGUUGCCAGAUCAUUGGAAACCCCAUCCCGGUUGUGAGCUGGGAAAAGGAUAAACUUCCAGUCCAGUCUGGAGGAAGGUUUAAAACCACAGAGGAUGGGGAUCUGUAUCGAUUAACAAUCUAUGAUUUGAGCCUAGAGGACAGUGGCCAGUACAUCUGCCGGGCCAAGAACACCAUUGGGGAAGCUUUUGCAGCCGUCAGUAUCAAAGUUGGAGAGGAGACCACAGUGACAGAGUCAGCCCCAUACUUCAUCCAGAAACCCACCUCCAUCAAAGUAACUCUGGGAGAAGAUGCUAUGUUCAAAUGCAAAGUUCAAGGCAGCCCGCCGCUUUCUGUGAACUGGGAGAAGGAUGGGAAACACCUGCGGAGCCGGGCCGAUGCCAACCGUUUCCAGAUGGAAAGUGCCGGAGAGUCCAAUGCGCUCACCAUCCAGUGUGCCCGGCUUGGGGAUAGUGGAACAUACACAUGCCGGGCAGAGAACCCCAUCGGCUCUGCCAGCGCUUCAGCUGCACUGGUUGUGGAGACGCAGGGCUCCCAUAACCCGGGCAGCAGCAACUAUUUUGACACCAGCUGCAGCAAGACCGUCUCCUUGUUGUCCCACUUGCAGAAGAGGCGGGAGGAGAUCAGGAAGACGGAUAUUGGGGCCCGCAACGCAACGUUUGGGACACUGAUGCGCACGUGCAGCGUGACGGAGGGCAAGCACGCCAAGCUGAGCUGCUACGUGACGGGAGAGCCCAAGCCGGAGAUCGUGUGGAAAAAGGACGACGAGGUCAUCGUGGAAGGGCGGCGGCAUGUCAUCUACGAGGAUGACCAGGAGAACUUUGUGCUGAAGAUCCUCUUCUGCAAGCAGGUGGAUAAUGGGAUGUACACCUGCACAGCCUCCAACCUGGCAGGCCAGACCUACAGCUCUGUGCUGGUCACUGUCAAAGAACCCUUGAUACCCUUCAAAGCAAAACUGAAGGAUCUGGAAGUUCGGGAGAAGGAAUCUGCCACCUUCCAGUGUGAGGUGCCUGUUCCUAGUACAGAGACAACCUGGUUCAAGGAGGAAACCAAACUCCAGCAGAGUAAGAAAUACAACAUCGAAGAAGAGGGCACGUACCGCCGGCUCACUGUCCAGGAUGUCACCACAGAUGAUGACGCUGUCUAUAUCUGCGAGAUGAAGGAGGGCAGCAGGACAAUAGCAGAGUUGUCUGUCCAAGGGAACAUCAUUAAGAAACUUCCACGAAAGACUGCAGUCCACGUAAAUGACACCGCCGUCUUCUGUGUGGAGCUGGACAAUGAAUGCCAGAAGAUCCGCUGGCUGAAGAAUAAGGAAGAGGUGCAACCCAGUGAUCGAAUCACCAUCACAUGCUCCGGCAAGCAACACACCAUGAUCAUCCGAGAGUGUAAGAAGGAAGAUGCUGGCGAGAUUGCCUUCCUGGCGGAUGAAAGCAGAACUUCUACCCAGUUCACUGUGACUACUCCUAAAAAACCUCCCACGCAGCCCCCAGUCGACCCUGUGGUGAAAAAUAAAACAGAAACCUCAGUGACGCUAGCAUGGUCCCCUCCAAAGACAGAUCGUCCCCUUCCAAUCGAUGGCUACGUAGUGGAGCGCAAGAAGCUAAUGGGCUUCACCUGGGUGAGAUGUCAUGAGUCUCCUGUGCCCGACCUGGAGUUCACGAUGAGCAACCUGUCAGAAGAAGCCGAUUAUCAGUUCCGAGUAUCCGCAGUCAACGCGUACGGACAGAGUCCCUGUCUGGAAUUCCCAGGAAGCGUGCACCUUGCACCUAUCGUGGCUGUGAAAACUCCACUGACAACUGCUGAAGUUGUACCUGGAGGGGAUGCCACAUUUACUGUUGACCUUACAACAACAUGUUCUGGCACUUGGUACCUUAAUGGUAAAGUCUUACAGGAAAGCAAGACCUGUAUCAUUAAGAAGACCCAAACCACUCACACCUUGAUCAUAAAGAAUGUCACCAAGAAUGAUGAUGGAGCAGAAGUGAAAUUUGUCGCUGGUAAUGUUGAUACCAGCACCAACAUGAGAGUGAGAGAAAUCACAGCAAACAAGAAAUUCUCUUUGGAAGAUAAGGGCAAAGUGCACAAGCUUGUGGCUUCAGCUGUGACAAAAGAAGAUGAGGGGACAUACACAUGUAAAAUUGGAGAUGACACUCUCACUUUUGAUUUAAAAGUCUCAGCUGCUCCCGUGAGAUUUACCAACAAGAGCAGAGACACAGAAAAGGUCUCUGCUCGACUGCGUGAGGAGGCCAAGCUUCAGGCYGAGCUUUCYGAUGCGGAUGCUGCUGUGAAAUGGCUGAAGGAUGGGAAAGAGCUCAAGGCCGGCGACAAAUACGAGCAUCAAAMUGUGGGCAAACGGCGCACCUUGAGAAUUCACAACAUUGCGACCGAGGAUGCUGGAGUUUAUGAGUGUGUCUGYGAAGGRGAUAAAAUGGUCUAUCAGCUUUCAGUGAAAGGGUCAAUGAAAUUGCACACCUUCUCCAUAGUACAGCUAUGUCCAUAUUUUGUUUCAGCACUUGCAACUUUCAUAAACAAAGAGAAAACUGGAGGAAUUAUCAAAGCUGUUCCUGGAAAAAAGGCUGAAUUUGUUUCUGAGACCUCUGAAGACAACGUGAUGGUCAAGUGGUACAAAGAUGGCAAAGAAAUCACAGCAAACAAGAAAUUCUCUUUGGAAGAUAAGGGCAAAGUGCACAAGCUUGUGGCUUCGGCUGUGACAAAAGAAGAUGAAGGGACAUACACGUGUAAAAUUGGAGAUGACACUCUCACUUUUGAUUUAAAAGUCUCAGGUGAUGUGUUUGAAAGUGGAGUGAAGAAUGAGGUGAAGGCGGUCCUAAAAGAGAACGCCUUGCUGAGUUGCAGUGUGAUCCAGGAGAAGACUGAGGUGAAGUGGUACAAGGAGGGGAAGCCGAUAACCUCCAGCAAGAAGUUCAAGGUGGAGCAGGAGGGCAAAGCACGGCGGCUCGUGGUGCAUCAAGUGGAAAAGACAGACGCUGGCAAAUACACCUGCGAGGCUGACGAUCAGAGAGUGCUCUUCAAUUUGGUUGUCACAGAGCCAGAAAUCGUGUUUACAAACAAGGACAGUGUGCACAAGGAGGUGCAGGCAGCCCCCAAAAGGGACGUCAUGCUGAGCUGCGAGGUGGCCCAGGGGACCACCGAGGUGAAAUGGUACAAAGAGGGCAAGCUGAUCACCUCCAGCAAGAAGUUCAAGGUGGAGUCGGAGGGCAAAUCGCGGCGGCUGGUGUUGAGUAAGGUGGAAGAGAAAGAUGCUGGCGAGUACACCUGUGAGGCUGCGGGCCAGAAACUGACCUUCAGGAUUAACAUCACAGAACCAAAACCUGUAUUUAUAAACCUGGAGAAGGUUGAGAAAGAGGUACAUGCUGUGCUCAAUGAAAAUGCUACCCUCAGCUGUGACGUAGCAGAGGAUAUAACUGAUGUGAAGUGGUACAAGGAUGGAAAAGUGCUUGCUUCCUCUAAAAAAUUUACAACAGAGUCUCAGGGUAAAACGCAAUACCUGCAUAUAGAGCAUCUGGAUAAGAAAGAUGCUGGAGAAUACACCUGUGAGGCUGCGGGUGAGAAGCUGACCUUCAAGAUUGUACCUACUGCUCCCAGAGUGGUGCAGUUUGUCACAAGUCUCAACAACACAGUCUCUGAAGAAGGAAAGGAGGCUGUGUUCAAGUGUACUGUCUCUCCCAGUGAUGCUGUGGUUACGUGGCACAGGAACGGUGUCAAAAUUGAGGCCAGCCAGAAGUAUGUGAUCUUGCAGAAGGAUGCCAACCACAGCCUCACCAUCACUGAUCUGACGAUGGAAGAUGCGGCUGAAAUCUCUGCCAUAGCUGAGGGUGUAGAAACCAGUGCCAAGCUCAGGGUCCGAGAGGCCCCAAUCUCAUUCAAGAAGAAACUGGAGCCCAAAACAGUUGAAGAAAGAGAAACGGUGGCCCUGGAGGUCGAACUGACCAAACCUGCCAAAGUGAAGUGGAUGAGGAACAAAAUUGAGUUGAAGCCCAGUGAAAAAAUAGAGAUCAAAGAUGAGGGAACAAAGCAUAUCCUCACGAUAAAGAACAUCUCCUUUGCAGAAAGGGGCUUCUACUGCUGCGAGAGUCCUGAUGACAAGACUCAAGCCAAGAUCAAUGUGGAAAUGAGGAAGAUCACGCUGGUGAAAGGCCUUCAGCCCAUCGAAGUGUGUGAGAAGGGAACUGCCACCUUUGAGGUGGAGGUGUCGCACGAGGGCGUGGAAGGAGUCUGGCAGAGAGAUGGUGUUCGGCUGAAGCCUUCCCCGAAUGUCCACAUUGAUGUGGUGGGGAAGAAACAUGUGCUGACUCUGUCUUCUCUGACUCUCGAAGACGCAGGGCUCAUCUCCUUCAAGGCAGAUGGCACUCAUUCCUCAGGGAUGCUUAAUGUGACAGAAUUGCCUGUGAGAAUCAGCAAGCCUUUGUCAAACAUGACUGUAACUCAGAAGGACAAAGUCACAUUUGAGUGUGAGCUGUCCAGGCCCAAUGUGGAUGUUAAGUGGUUCAAGGAUGGGAAACAGCUUCAGCAAAAUAAAAACAUGAAGAUUGUUUCCCAGGGAACUAUGAGAAGCCUUACUAUUCACAAGUGUGAAUAUGAAGACCAAGGAACAUAUGUAUGUGAAGCAGCUAGUGACAAGACAUCAGCUACCCUAAAAGUUCAAGCCCGGGAUAUCAAGAUUAUUAAACCACUGGAAGAUGUGGAAGUGAAUGAAUACGAGAGUGCCUCUUUCGUCUGCGAGAUUUCCCAUGAUGAGGUCCAAACCCAGUGGUACAAAGAUGACAACAAGCUGAAGGCUUCUGACAAUAUUACAAUGCGUCAAGAUGGUAGGACCUACUCGCUGACCUACUCGCGUGCCAAGAUGGAAGACGCCGCAGAGAUCAAGUUUGUAGCAGAAAAGGCAGAAUCUCAUGCCCGCCUUACAGUAAAAGAGCUUCCAGUAAAGAUUGUCAAGCCUUUACGAGAUAAGAUUGCUCUUGUAAAGCACCGUGGAUUCCUAGAGUGCCAAGUGUCUCGAGCAAAUGCUGAAGUGAGAUGGUAUAAGAAAGAUGUUGAAAUUCACCCUAGUGACAAAUACGAAAUUGUGAGCGAUGGUGUCUAUCGCAAACUCAUCAUCAAUGAUGCAGAUUAUGAAGAUGAGGACACAUACACUUGUGAUGCCUUUGAUGACAAAAGCAGUGCUCAUUUCUUUGUUGAAGAGCAAUCCAUUAAUAUUGUAAGGGAAUUGUGUGAUGAGGAGGUGACUGAGCCUGAAGAAGUCAGAUUUGAAUGUGAGAUAUCCAUUCCAUCUGUGAAACCCCCCAAAUGGUUUCUACGUGGAAAAGUCUUGCAGGCUAGCAGCAACAUUAUCAUGUACCAAGAAGACACCAUCCACUACCUGGUCCUGCUCAAAACCUCUGCGGAUAUGACAGGCCCUGUUCAGUUUUCAAUUGGCAAAUCAAAAUCCACAGCAAACCUGCUUGUAAGAGGCAAAGCUGCUGGUGAGGAACGAGGUGUGACUAAACCAGAGUGUGCAGUCUCCAAAGAAAAGGUCAAAGCUGAUCGGAAAAAGGAUGAUGCGGAACUCACUUCUGGCAACAAAGAUGAGCAGGCUGGGAAGAUCCAUGAUCUUGAAAAGACAGAUACAGGCACGUCUGAUACUGGCACUGAUGUUGCUAAGCCAAAGAUCAACAUUCAGAAUUUAGACAUUAGCAUAACCAAACGUUUGAAGAAUGCUGAAAUCCAGGAGGGAGAAGAUUGCACUUUUGAGUGUAUUUUAUCCCGUGAAAGCGUUGAUGGAUUCCACUGGACACUGAAUGGAAACAAAGUGGAAAAUGCUGGACAAUUUGAAAUAUUUAGCACAGGUCGGAAAUACGUACUCAAUAUCAAAGGUGCGACUCUUGCUGAUGCUGGAGAAGUCAUUUUCACUGCCUCUGGACUAAUCUCCAAGGCCUCUCUCAUUGUGAAAGCCAUCCCAGCAGUCUUUGUAAAGAAGCUCCAAAACAAGGAAGCCAAAGAAGGCUCUACUGUAACCCUCCAUGCUGAGCUCUCAAAACACGAUGCACCAGUGAGAUGGAAAAAGGGGUCAGUCUUACUCCAAGCGAGCAACAAAUAUGAAAUGAAGCAGAUGGGCUCUAUUGUAGAGCUGCUCAUCCAUGACCUACAGCUGAAGGAUGCUGGGGACUACAUCUGUGAUUCUGGCGAUGAACAAACUAUGGCAUCCUUAGCAGUGAAAGUUUCGCCAGUGAUCUUUACAAAACCACUCCAGAACAAGCAAGCAGAAGAAGGAGAUACUAUCACUCUGAGCUGUGAAAUCUCAAAACCAAAAGCCACUGUGAAGUGGAAGAAGGCUGGGACGGUGCUGAGACCAAGUGACAAAUAUAUCAUGUGCCAGAAGGGUUCUGUAGCUGAGCUGACGAUUCACAACUUGAGGCAAGCUGAUGCUGGAGACUACCUGUGCGACACUGGGGACCAACAAACCUGUGCGUCUGUUACUGUGAAAGAACCCGAAGUAAGCAUUGUGGAGAAAAUGAAGGACGUGACUGCUCAGGAAGGAGAAGAUGCAGUGUUUGAAUGCAAGCUGUCACGAGAKACAAGUGAGGAGAGCCAGUGGUUCCUGGGGGACCUUCGCCUGCAGAGCAACGAACUGACRGAGAUCAGAGUKGGAGGGAACGUUCACACUUUGGUGCUGAGGAAGGUGACCCCAGAAGACAGUGGAGCCAUCAGAUUCCAAGUUGGUCAGCAUAAGGCAUCGGCACAUCUAAGGGUUGAAGAACCCGAAGUAAGCAUUGUGGAGAAAAUGAAGGACGUGACUGCUCAGGAAGGAGAAGAUGCAGUGUUUGAAUGCAAGCUGUCACGAGAGACAAGUGAGGAGAGCCAGUGGUUCCUGGGGGACCUUCGCCUGCAGAGCAACGAACUGACRGAGAUCAGAGUKGGAGGGAACGUUCACACUUUGGUGCUGAGGAAGGUGACCCCAGAAGACAGUGGAGCCGUCAGAUUCCAAGUUGGUCAGCAUAAGGCAUCGGCACAUCUAAGGGUUGAAGCUCUGCCUGUGUUUUUGAAAAACUGGCUGAUAAAUGAAGAAGUGGAUGAAGGUGGCACAGCCAUUCUGCCUUGUAAGCUGACAAAACCGAAUGUUCCUGUUGAGUGGAGGAAAGGAGACAAAGUGUUGCAUUCAAGUGACAAGUACGAGAUCAGACAAGAGGGGACAGACGUUGAGCUUAUUAUCUACGAUGCUGAGGCUCAGGAUUCUGGCACCUACACAUGUGUCUCAGGGGAUCAGCAGGCCUCUGCAUCACUGCAAGUCAAAGUGCUACCAGUGCUCUUUAGGAAGGAGCUCAAGAACGUGGAGACUGAGGAAGGGGGAACGGCUGUCCUGCACUGCGAGAUCUCCAAGCCGGAUGCUCGUGUUGAGUGGAGAAAGGGCGGCAAGGUCCUUGAGCCCAGUGACAAGUACGAGAUGAAGCUGAAGGGCAGCGUUGCUGAGCUAAUCAUCCAUGGUGUGGAGCCCGAUGACUGUGGGGAUUACACAUGUAGCACUGAAUAUGCAGUCACCACAGGCUCUGUGUAUGUGCAAGAAGAAGAAGCAGUCAUAGUUACUGGAUUAAAGAACACAGAUGUCUUUGUGGGUGAGUCAGCCACAUUCACCUGUGAAGUCUCACAGCCAGGCGUGAAGAAUGUACAGUGGUGGCUGGAUGGAUCUCCCCUUCACAACAACUUGGUGACAGAAAUCUCUGAGCAGGAUGGGAUAGUCCAUACUCUAACCCUAAAGGAUGUGGCGUGCCAUGACUCAGGCACUGUCACCUUCCGGGCUGGGUCCCUUAUAUCUUCAGCUAAAUUAGUAGUCAAAGAUCCAACCAUUGAAGUGGUCAGUCCCAUGCAGGAUAUAACUGUUGAUGAAGAUGGCACAGCAGAGUUCAUAUGCCAAUAUUCUAGGCCAGUGCACGCCAUAUGGAAGAAAAAUGAUCAGGAAAUACAUGCAGAUGGGCAGCGAGUCAUUAUCGUGCAGGACUGGAAUGUAAGCAUGCUAAAAAUUAAACCUGCGGUUCCAGAAGACACUGGCAUCUAUUCUUGUGAAACUGAAGGCACUAAAGUGGUGGCUGCACUUGAUGUUCAAGCCAAGAACAGCAUCAUCCAAGGCCUGGAAAAUGUGGAAGCAGUUGAAGGAGGUGAAGCUCUCUUUGAGUGCUACCUUUCCAAACCUGAGACCUACAAUUACAACUGGCUGAUUGACGAUGAACCUGUCAGAACCACAGAAAACACGGAGGUGGUUUACUUUGAAAACGGACGCAGACAUCUCCUUCUGAUGAAGAACCUCACUCCCCAGGACAGUGGCCAGGUGACUUUUAUGUGCAGUGACGCAGUGACCUCCGCCUUCCUGACCGUGAAAGGGUGGCGUUUACAGAUCUUGCAGCCUCUCACAGAUAUGGAAGUGUCUCCAGGGAACAAAGCUACGUUUAGCUGUGUUCUAAGCGAAGCGGUGCCGAUUAAUGAAGUUACCUGGUAUCUCAACGAUACAGAGAUUCAAGCCAAUGAAGACUGGGAGGUGCAAGCAGAUGGAAGUAAAUACCAACUUAUUCUGAAAAAAGCCCAACCCUAUCAUUCUGGAGAGGUGACCUUUGCUUCUAGGGAAGCAAUUAUGUCAGCCAAGUUGACUGUGAUUGCCCACCCCGAUCCCCCUGAAGAACCAGAAGUUUUAAGUAAGAACAGUCACUCUGUAACUCUAUCUUGGUGCAAGCCGCUGAGCGACGGUGGUUGCGACAUCCUGGGCUACAGCGUGGAAAGGAAAAUCCCAGGUGUUGGCUGGCGGUCGUGCAGCGAGGGAAUGAUUCAAGACACGGAGUUUGUGGUGGACCACCUCACCCCAGGCGAGCCCUACAGAUUCCGCGUCUCGGCCAUAAAUAAAGUUGGGGCCAGUGAGGCGGUGCACUUCCCUCAAAUGGUGCAGCUAGAGCCUCCAAUUACAGUCACUCAUGCUUUGGUGGGAGGAUCAGUCUUGGAAGGUGAGGAGGCGCGCUUGGAGUGCAAAUUAUCAAGUGAAACCCAAGAGACAGUGACAUGGUUCAAAGGAGAAGAACAAAUACAAGCUGGAGGGAGAUAUAAAAUCCUAUCUGAUGGAAAAAAGCAGAUACUCAUUAUUCAUGCCUUUAAACCUGAAGAUCAGGGCACAUACACCUGCAUGGUUUCUCCAGAAGUCAAAUCGGUUGCCAGCCUGAGUCUUGAAGUUCCAACUGUAGCAAUGAUUGCCAGAGAGACAGCGUCUGCAAACCAAGCAGAAGAGCUGGUGGAUGAACAUGUCCAGCCCAGCUUGCCCCCUGAGGCUGCUCAGGAAGGAGACCUCCACCUGUUGUGGGAAGCUCUGGCCAAGAAACGCCGAAUGAGCCGGGAACCCACCUUGGACUCCAUCAGUGAGGUGCCUGAAGAGGAUGAGAAACUUCAGAAACUGAAGAAGGAAGAAACAGAGAUGUCUCACUAUUACUCAGAGGAAUGCUCCACAUGUGACGAGCUGGCUAGGACAGGAGAAGCAGAUUUCUCUCUCACAAGUUCAGAUGAUGAAUCUAGAGCUGGGACCCCUUCACUCGUUGUCUACCUCAAGAAAGGUGGUAAGAAAAUUGCCAGCGUUACUAGCAAGGUUCAAUCUGUUUCUGCAGACAAAUUAUGGAAGCAGUGGGAAAAAACUGAUGUGGAGACUGUUGAGGCGGUCCAAGAAGCUAAGCCAGCUGAACCAGAAGUAGCAGAUGCAGAUGAUCCUUCCAUGAAUAAAGCAGCUGUAAAGAUCCAGGCUGCUUUCAAAGGCUACAAAGUCCGGAAGGAGAUCAAGCAGCAAGAGCGCCCUGUGUUCAUUAAGACCUUCAAAGAUUUCUCUGCUGAGCCUGGAAGCACUCUCCACCUCGAGUGUGUGGCCCACAGCAAAACAGAUAUGAAAGUCCGUUGGCUGAAAGAUGGAGAGGAGCUUUCAGAUGGUCGCUACUAUCACAUAGACAGUUACAGUGAUGGGACCUGCUCCUUGAUUAUCGCUGGCCUGGAUAUGAAAGAUACAGGUAAAUACACCUGUGAGGCAUCUAAUAAAUUUGGCCAAGUUUCACACAGUGCUAACGUGGUGAUUGGCAGUCAGAAACCUCAGCUGAUUCGUGAAGAGAAGCGUGUUAAACAUACCACUGACAGCGAGACUGAGAGCUCUUCUGGCAGCGAACUGGAUGAUGCCUUCCAUAAAGCAGGAAGGAGACUUCACAGACUCUUCAAGGCCAAGAUCUCAACAGAGAUAUCUGAUGUAGAGGAAGAGCUCUUUGUCAGUGCAGAUGAAGGGGAUGUAGAGGUGGUAGACCAUCAGACAUAUCGUGAGGAUGACCAGUACAUCUACAUCAAGUUUGAAGUCUUGUCUGAGGCAAAAACUGCAGCCACUCGGUUCCGAGAGAUGUUUGGUGCCCUGGGAAUCCCUGUGGAAAUUGACAUUUUGGAACAAGGCCCUAAAAAAAUUGAAUUGCGUAUUGGGAAAGCAAAGCCACUCACCACCAGGGACUAUGCACCACAAGCAGGAAGGCCUCCUUCAGCUUUCCUGACUGAUACAGCUCCCAUGUUCAUGACUGAGCUUCAGAACCAAGAGGUGCAAGAGGGAUAUCCAGUCAGCUUUGACUGUGUUGUCAUUGGCAAACCCCUCCCCACGGUUCGAUGGUUCAAGGAUGGGAAAGCUAUUGAAGAAAACGACCAUUACAUGAUCAGCGAAGAUGAGGAGGGGCGUCAUCAGUUGGUCAUCACAGCCGUUGUCCCUAUGGACAUGGGUGUUUACCGUUGCCUUGCUGAAAACAGCAUGGGUGUUGCUUCAACCAAAGCUGAGCUUCGAGUAGACUUGACCAGCACUGACUAUGAGACAGCAGCAGAUGCAACAGAGACAUCCUCCUACUACAGUGCCAAAGAAUAUGUUUCAAGUCGUGAGCAGGAGGAGUCUACCACUGAAGAGGAGCAAUUGCCUCAAAUCCUUGAUGAACUUCAUGAUAUUCAUGUGGCACCUGGAGCAUCCUUGGCCAAAUUUCACCUCAAAGUGAAAGGGUACCCAGAGCCUCGCCUCUAUUGGUUCAAAGAUGGACAGCCUUUAAAUGCCUCCGACCGUAUCCUGAAGAUUGAUAAAAGAGAAUUCCACUCCCUGGAAAUUCUCAAUGUCACCAAGGCUGAUGCUGGCCAAUACUCAAUAUUUGUCAUUAACUCUGCUGGUUCUGCAUAUUCGUCAGCCAGGCUGGUAGUCAAAGGACUUGAUGAGAAAGAAGAACCACUAGAAACAGAUGCGCAUGAACAACUGAUACCACCAAGAUUCCUGGAAAGAUUUACCAAUAAAAAGGUUAAGAAAGGUGCAAGCAUCACAUUAUCUGUAAAAGUUGAAGGGUAUCCACUACCGACUAUCACUUGGCUGAAAGAGGAGUCUCAAGAAAACAUCCUUUGGAUCAAACCAGACACUCCAGGAUAUAAACUUGCCAGUUCAAACAUGCAUCAUAGUCUAAUCCUGUUGGAUGUUAAAAAGAAUUACAGUGGACCUUAUACAUGCAUUGCCACCAACAAGGCUGGGCAGUCCAUCUGCACUGCCACCCUAGAAGUUAUAGAUGUGAAAGAGGCUGAAGUUCUGACCCAGGAGCGUGUGAUGGUAUCAGAAGCUAUAAUGACCACGCUGGGAGCUGUACAUGGAUCCGAAUCAACAGUAGGAGACCUUCAAAGUAUAGCUGGGAAAGAAGGUGUAUCCAAAAGCGCUGUUUCCUUAGCCGAUGUUGGGACAGAAGAAUUCUUCCAGAAACUGACCUCGCGAAUCUCUGAAAUGGUAUCUGCAAAAAUAAAUCAAGCCACACUUCGAGUACGAGGUGCAGAUAGUGAUGAUGAAUCAAAAACUCCCUCUGCAUCUCCUCGCCCUGGUCGAUCCAGGCCUUCAUCCAUCGUCCAGGAGUCCUCCUCUGAAUCUGAUGAUGGAGAUUCCCGAGGAGAGAUCUUUGAUGUCUACAUGGUCACUGCUGACUUUGUGCCUGCUGUGCCUGACAAGGAGGCCAUCACUUUGAAGGAAGGGCAAUAUGUGGAAGUCCUCGAUUCAGCUCAUCCACUGAAGUGGCUAGUCAGGACUAAACCUACCAAAUCUAGCUCCUCCCGACAGGGUUGGGUAUCUCCAGCUUACCUGGACAAGAAAUUAAAGUUGUCACCAGAGUGGGGAUCAACUGAAGCUCCUGAAUUCCGUGGUGAAUGUGUUUCCGAAGAUGAAUAUAAAAGGAAGCUGACUGUCAUUAUUCAGGAAUUGCUGAUCUCAGAAGAGGAUUACAUUCAAGAUUUGCAGUUCUUCCAGACUCAUCACCUCAAGUACACGGAGACCUGUCCCAACAUCCCAGGAGCUGUUUCCAGUCAGAAAUCCACUAUCUUCAGAAACAUCGAUGACAUUGCUCAUUUCCAUUCCAGUGUCUUCCUCCGAGACUUGCGGAAGUGUGAUACUGAUGAUGAUGUGGCCAUGUGCUUUAUUAAGCAUGAGGCAGAUUUUGAUAAGUACAUCCAGUACCUGGUGGGGCGGAUUCAGGCAGAGUCAGUCGUUGUCAGCAAAGCUGUCCAAGAUUUCUACAAGAGAUACACAGAUGAAAUUUUAGUUACUGAAAAUCCUUCGCAGUCACUUAUUCCACCAGUGCAACACUAUCUGGAAAAACCCAUAAACAGGAUCCAGCAGUAUCAGACUAUUAUCAAGGAAUUAAUCCGAAACAAAGCAAGGAAUAGUCAAAACUGUGCUUUGCUGGAGCAGGCUUAUGCCAUUGUGUCUGCACUCACUCAAAGAGCAGAAAACAACCUCCAUGUGUCACUCAUUGAGAAUUAUCCAGGGACCUUGGAGAGCCUUGGUGAACCCAUCCGACAGAGCCACUUCAUUGUGUGGGAAGGAGCUCCAGGAGCCAGAAUGGCAUGGAAAGGACACAAAAGACAUGUCUUCCUCUUCAAGAAUUACGUAGUAAUCUGCAAACCAAAGCGGGACACAAAAACAGACACUUACAGUUACAUCUUCAAGAACAUAAUGAAGAUCAACAACAUAGACCUGAAUGACUCUGUGGAAGGGGACGAACGGGCAUUUGAAAUCUGGCAUGAACGAGAAGACUCAGUCCGCAAGUACCUCCUUCAGGCACGUACAGUGAAUAUCAAGUAUUCCUGGGUGAAGGAAAUCUCCAGCAUCCAGCAGCGGAUCAGCCAGCCUGUCUGGAAACCUCCAAACUUUGAAGAAAUGCUGGCAGACUGUACAGCUGAGCUGGGAGAGACGGUCAAACUGGCUUGCAAAGUCUCAGGAGUCCCCAAGCCAUCUGUCUGCUGGUAUAAAGAUGGGAAGCCAGUAGAGGUGGAUCCUCAUCACAUUAUAAUAGAAGAUCCGGAUGGUUCCUGCACACUGAUCUUGGACAACCUAGCAGGCAGUGACUCGGGACAGUACAUGUGCUUUGCUUCCAGUCCUGCUGGAAGUAGCAGUACCUUAGGAAAAAUUCUUGUCCAAGUGCCACCACGAUUUGUGAACAAGGUCAGAAAUGCUUAUUACGUUGAUGGUGAAGAUGCUCAAUUCACCUGCACUAUUGAAGGAGAACCUAGACCACAAAUCAGCUGGUACAAAGAUGGUGAACUGCUGACAGACACUACCAAAUACCAAAUUUUCAAUGAACCACGGAGUGGCAUAUUAGUUCUGCUGAUUAAGAACCCUUCCAGGGAAGAUAUGGGAUACUAUGAAUGUGAACUGGUGAACACGCUAGGGUCAGCAAAAAGUGGAGCAGACCUUCACCACCACAGUGCAGCAGCCCUGGCUCAGGAAAGGAGAGCAGACCAAGCCAUUGGCAUAGAAGAGGACAGGCAAGGAGCAGCAGCCGGAGAUAUCAUCGUAGAGACCACAGUGGAAGAGCAAAAGCCCAAGUGGGUUGAAGUUGAAGAAAUAAUUGAAUUCAAGGUGAAGAAAUCCCCAAAGCCAAUGAGGAAAAGAGGAUCUUCCCCAGCAAAACAGGAGAAAGAUGACUCAGGGGUGCUAACAUUCACUUUUCCCAGCUCUAGGCCUAGGCGUUCCCCAGAAGAUGAUCCAAACACCAACAACUCCAACAAUAAGUUAGUGGAACAGUCAAAGUCUUCUUUACCACAAGACAAUCUGUCUGAUGUUGACAUCCAGCCCCUGGCAUACGCAACUGCUCAGGAAGGACCUCCAGUCAGCAGCGAGGACAGGAGUUCUCCAUGUGGAUCUGAACAGCUAGGAAGCAAUUCAUUUCUUGAUUAUGGAACAGAAGGCAAGGGCUACACACAGGAAACAAGUGCUAGCUAUGUCUCAGAGGCCACUUCCCCACUGCUUGCAUGUGGGGGUGAGCCCUUGGUCUUCAGUUUUGAGACAGGUGUUGUAGACGAGCCUGAACUUCUAUUCUCACCAGUAAGCCCGGAGGUUAAAGAAGAGGCAGAUGAAUUAGACAUAUCUUGGCCUGCUGGAGAAGAGAUACCAGAAGUAGUGCAAGAUGUUCUUCCAGAAGAGGAUAAUGUUGUAAUAGUUGAUGAGCCAGAGGAACAGGAUGACAUUAGCACUCGGGACCGCAAAAUCCUAACCCAUAAUGGAAAAGUACUAACUUUGGAGGAUCUUGAAGAUUAUGUUCCCGAAGAAGGUGAGACCUACGGGUGUGAUGAUCAGAGCCAUACAGCUGAAAAACCCUGCGAGAUCUCAGUGCUCCAGACAGAGAUUAAUGAGCCAACGAUUGGAAAGCCAGUUCUCCUGAACCUGGGGAGGCACGUUGUUUCCAAGCCAAGGCAGAGAUUUUUCAGCAAGUUUGAGGAGCACGUUCCAGGAAGCGUGUUUGUGUCAGCCUCUAGAGUAACUGGCGUGCAGUCUGUAGGACCCUCAAACAUCUCUUUCCACGUCAGUGAUACCUGCAUGGCCGCGGCGCCUGGAGUGCAUGCAUCAACAGCAUCUGCUGCUCCCUCCUUCACAGUGAAGCCGUCAUUCUGCACUGAAGUCCAGCUCUCAGCAGACAAUGGGCAGUCAAGUUUUAAAACUGAAGUUUCCACAAGAACCCUCAGCUAUGGGACAGUUGUUGUAUGUGACUGUGUAAUGAUAUUUACUCUUGAUCUUCAUGAAAGAACAUCACCAGUCACAGGGGCAGGAGACUGGUACAGAAGAGAAGGAGAUGUGAUCUGGGAUGUGCACAGUGAAGUUUAUAUUGAGACCACGGAAAGAACUUGUGUGUAUAAGACAGAGGAGAAGACUCCAACAAGUGCGCCCUACAUGCAAGUGACAAUAGAAGAUGUGCAGGUGAAUUCAGGGCAGUGUGCUAAAUUUCAGGCAGUGAUUGAAGGAAACCCUCAGCCUACUGUUUUGUGGUUUAAGGGCACUUCCUUGUUGACAGACAGCCACAGGAUCCAUCAAGUGAAGGAAGGAACAACAUAUUGCUUAAUCCUGGACAAUGUUGUCUCAGAAGACGGUGGUGUUUAUACCUGUGUUGCCAAAAAUGCCGGGGGGGAGGUUUUGUGCAAAGCAGAGCUUAUUGUACAUGAAGUUAAGAAAGACCAAGCAGCAAAGAAAGUGGCGACCAGAAGAAAACUCCAUUCUCUCUAUGAAGUUAAGCAGGAGAUUGGAAGAGGCUGCUUCAGCUUCGUGAAACGAGUUGUGCAUAAAGGGAACAGAGUGUCCUGUGCUGCCAAAUUCAUACCUCUGCGAAGCAAAACGAAGGCUCGAGCACAUCAGGAGAGGGAUAUUCUGGCCCCUCUGUCCCAUGACAGAAUCACCAGGCUGCUGGACCAGUUUGAAACACGGAAAACCCUGAUUUUGAUCCUGGAGUUGUGCUCCAGCGAAACGCUCCUCGACCGUUUGUUCAAGAAGAAUGUUGUCACUGAAGCAGAGGUCAAGCUGUAUAUCAAACAAAUUUUGGAAGGAAUCAAGUAUCUUCAUGACAACAACAUCCUUCAUUUGGACAUUAAGCCUCUAAAUAUCCUCAUGGUUUAUCCUGAAAGGGAAGACCUCAAGAUCUGUGACUUUGGAUUUGCUCAGAAGAUCACUCCAUAUCAGUGUCAGUUCAGCAAAUAUGGGUCUCCAGAGUUUGUUGCCCCAGAAAUUGUCUCCCAGUCACCAGUGUCAAAAGCAACUGAUAUUUGGGCUGUUGGAGUCAUCACAUACUUAAGCCUAACAUGCAAGUCUCCGUUUGCUGGGGAGAACGACAGAGGAACCCUUCUAAAUAUCCAGAAUGGUGAAAUUUCCUGGACCCUUCCUGACUUUGUUCACUUGAGUGAAGAUGCGAAGGAUUUUGUAAAACGGAUCCUGCAGCAGCGUCCUGAAGCCAGGCCUAAUGCUUUGGAAUGUCUGACCCACAAGUGGUUCAUGCAUAAUCUCCCCAUCGAAGCAGCUCAUUUCAUUAAUACCAAGCAGCUCAAAUUCAUUGUGGCUCGGAGCAAGUGGCAGCGGUCUCUGAUGUGCUAUAAAUCCAUACUGGUAAUGCGAUCCAUUCCAGAAAUCCUAGAAAGGACUCAUGACAACACCUCCCUGGCCAUCUCCCGACAUCUCGUUGAGGAAAGCACUUCUUCCAGUACGAGUGGUUCCUCUUCAGACAACGAGAACUCAAACUUCCCCAAGAAGAGACACUUCGGCUCUACCCCUGAACUGCAUUUGUCCAUCUUUGAUGCACCAGACAGUCAGGAACCUCCAAAACAUGCAAGUGAAUAUCAGCACUCCAAAAUCUUGGUUCCUCCAGUAAAGCCCAUGAGGAGGAAGUAUGCUUCAGUGAAGAGUGAAGUUGGGGACAGAUCACCUACAGAAAGUGAAGAGCUCAUGACAAGUACCUUAGGACAGAGAGAGGAGGGACUGCACCGCACACUUGGAGAUGAAGGAGCAGAGCAGUCCCCCAAAACUGAUGCAACUGAACGUUCCUCAGGGAAGAUUUCCAUAGAUGACAAAUCAAGUCUACAUCAGAAGAAGAAAACAGACACAUCUUUAUCUGAUGAGGACAAAAUUGAAAGGGCUGGGGAUGGGACAGAGAAGCCACCUAUAUGUGUUCCAAGACAGAGUGUCAUUAAAAGCACUUUCUACAGCCAAGCAGCAGAGCUUCCUGCAAGGGGCUCUUCCUCUCCAAGCAGAGAGCUCAGAAGGCACUUGGACAGAGCCAGAAGGACUUUCCGGAAAGCUGGAUAUCCAAAGGUGCCUCUCAGUGGUCUCCGUGAACCCCUUCUAGAACAGUUUGAGCUGGAAGAAGAGGAAGAGGAAGGUGGAGGACACAGGGAAAGUCUUCCUGGUGGCUUGACCAAAUCAGCCUCAUUUGAUACUGCAAGGAAACCACCACAUCCUGCUAUCACUGGCUCUAGCCGAAGCCGUUCACUGGAUGAUUACAGGCUAAGGGCCUCCAGAUCAGUGAGGGAACAAGAUAUUUUGGAAGAAGACUAUGAUAUAAUAUCACAGGAAAGUUGUCCUGAAGGCAGUCGCCACUGCGACAUUUCUAGUGAGCCAGGCAAGGGUUGUUCUGUAGACAUUUCAAACCAAGAGGAUGCUAGCAGAGCCAGAAAGGAUCGUCCAGAAGAACAGCUCUCUCCUUCCACGCAAUGUGAGGGUCAUGGAUGCCCGGCUGUUACUGUGCAAAGGUUAGAGAAGCUUCCAGUAUCCCCUCAUAGGAGUGAGAAUAGAAAGCAUUUACUUAAGAAGACAAAAGCUACUCAUGUGGAGGUGGAAGAUGAUGAUUUGGAAGGCAAAAGCCCCGUUCUGACCACUGUACAAUCAGAUAUAACUGCACCAUCAGGUCAAAAGUUUGAAGGCAUUCAGGCUAAGUCUCUCUCUGGCAGUGCUUCUGAGACAGCUCUUCAGGAGGACGAGCAAUUAAUUUCAGCUCUUCCGCAGCCAGAGACCGCCUCCAAGCCAGUCCCCACAAGCAAGAGAGGAGUGUAUCUGCAGCAGGAGUCAGAGCUCUCUGCUGACAGCAUUGACCACCAUCCUGACCUAAAAGGUGAAAGAUACGCUGUUGAAAGGACUGCUUCAGUUGCCCCCUGUAAAGACAAAAGCCAAGAGCAUGCACUCCAGAAGCCUGCUGCUCACAGUGAUGCUAAGCCUGAUCUUCUGGAGCACAAAAGGCCUGCGGUUUUAACAAGCCCACAAGCAGAAACAGAUCUAUCUCCAGUGCACCAGGACAAAAGUCAGGAACUUUAUGACCAAGUCAUUCCAGCAGCUACUAUCUUGGAGGGCAAGGAGCCAGGUUUCCAAGCAGCUCUGCAAGCAGUUGACAAAGAUACUCACCAGAAGCUGAACACCUAUAGGGAAGUGCAGUCUGCUGUCUUGGAGGAUGAAGGACCAGCUGUUGCGGAGGGUGCUCCAUUAUCAGACCAUGCCAGUGAAAGCCAAAUGGCCCAAAGUCUCUCUGUUCGUGCAGACAAAGCAUCAGCAGCUCUGAAGGGAAAGAGUCCUGUUGUCCUGAAAGUCCCACCACCAAAACCAAUGCCAGUGUCAAUCUCCGACAGAUCACACCAAGCAGAAUGGGAACAGCCAGCUUAUAGCAAGGAGAAGCUUGCUGCUCGGAAGGGUGAAAGUUCAGCCCGUGUAGAAACUGUUCCCGUUUUGGUCCAUGAGGCUGAAAUCAAGGCAGCUGAACCCCAGGAGGCUUCUCAGUACAGCGACACAGUUCCUGCUGUUCUGGAGGGCAGAUCCUUGGCUGGAACUCGUUCAUCACAAGAUAUUAACCUCCAUUCAGCCUGUGAGAGGGAAAUGCAAGAAUACCCACAGCUUUCCCUUUGUAGGGAGGUGACGUCUGUUGUCUCAGCAGGUGGAAGUCCAGCUGCUGGGCAGCCUAUCCCUGCUCCUUUCCCCAAGACAGAAGGACAGGCAUAUGAGCAGCUCAAGACUGUGUAUCACAGUGGCAAGGUUUCUGCAGCUCUGGAGGCCGUGCACCCAUGUAUUUUAACUGCUUCACAAGCCAAAGGUGCCCCAGCUUCAGUCUGUGAGCUGGAAUAUGGGGAAUGCCCUAAGGAUUAUGGUGAGAGAAGCAGUGCUGCUUCAGUGACUGGAAGCUGGGAUGCUAGAAAACCUGUCCCACCAUCGCUGCAUGAGAAUCAAAGGCAGGAGAUCUCACAUCAGAGGUCUUCGUUUUACAGUGAUGAGGAGUCUGCUGCGCUGGAGGGCUUAGUGGAUGAAAUGGUUUUGCUUUCUGAAGAGAUGAAUGUUUGGGCAGAGUCAGUUGGGCAGAUUCAGGAGGAAUGUAGAAAGGACAUCUCUUCUCCCACAGAGAUAUUCUACAAAGAGCCUGGUGGCCAAGCAUCUACAAUAAGUUUCUCUCCUUCUGGUGAGAGCAGUAGAGGAGGAGAAGUCUCUGAGAUGGAUGAUAUCCCAGAACCCUACCUUGCUGUGCAUGAGGAAUCAGCUGUGCUGAAAGGACAUGGAACACAAAUGGUUCCUCGUGAAUGUGAGCAUCUGGAGGAUGUAGCAUUUGAAAGCACCAGUUCUAGUCAAGUAAGCAUUUCCCAGAGGGAUAGCUUGGAUUCUGGGGAAAAAAACAGUCAAGUGCCAGUGAGCAAGGACAGUAGUAAAUACCCUGAAGUGUCUUUGCUGAAAAUCAAAGAUCUGUCGGAUGAAGCACCCAGUGUUAGUAGUGGAACGCCCAAAUUUGACAUAUCAGAGGUAGAGCCUGCCUAUUUGAAUUUCUCAGAUCUGUAUGACAUUGUCUAUUUUCCAUUUGAAUUUAUGAACUAUAGGAAGCCUCCACCCAAACCAACUGGUAGACGAUUUAUACCUUUUAGUGAAAGGGCAAGGUCGCCUCCUGCAGGACAUUUGCAUAAGGAAAAAAGAUUGUGCAUCAGAGAAGAGGCAGAAGAGAGGAACAAGCAAAACCUUUUGGAAAUAUCUGGGAGUUCAAAGGCAAUCACCCUCUCAGCCAUGGGGAAAGGGUCAGAGGGUCAUAAGGAAAUGUACGGCUUCCAAAAGGACCCAAGCGGUAAGCAGAAAAGCUCCUUCAGCAAGCCAGGACUCUUUAAACCCUACAGAAGAUCUCAUUCCAUGGAGCAGUCAGUGGAGCAGAGCCUAAAGAAGAAAGUGAAAGCUUCUGUUGCCCAUCUUUCAAGAAUCCUGAAAGGAAAGACGUCACCUGAGCGAGAGGCAGAGGAAGCAGAGAUUGGUGUGCUGGAAAGUGAAGCAGUAGAGAAAGAGCCAUUAGCAGGAGCUGAAGGAUCUUGGAAGAGGAAAUCGGGACUUCCAUCAUUCAAGUUACCAAGCCUCCUGCCAAAGGAGAAAGCUCCUUCGUUUGCUGAAGAGCUCAUAGACCAGACCACUGCUGUAGGGCAGUGUGUAACUCUGUCGUGCCGGACAGCAGCUCACUCCUCCCCGCACAUCGACUGGUUCAGAGAUGGGAUACCCAUCCGCAGCAGCAGUCGAAUCCUCAUCUCAACCACACUCAAAAGCUUCCAGCUGUUAACUAUUCUGUCUGUUCAUGCUGAUGAUUUUGGUGUUUACACCUGUGUAGCCACUAACUCUCUGGGCUCAGCGUCUACCUCUUGCAUCGUAAGAAAAGCUGAAGUUCCUCCAAGCCCUCCACCCCCUGACAUCGUGGAUGUUUACAAGGAUGGAGUGCAGGUGGUCUGGAAGCCUGUGGAAACCAACACCCCUGUCCUCUACACUGUGCAGUGCAAGAGUGAAGAGGGAGAGUGGAAGACCCUCGCUAUGGACAUCGCUGACUGCUGUUACUAUGCAAAUAACCUCUCCAGAGGUUUCACUUACUGCUUCAGGAUCGCCUGCAUCAGUAAAGCAGGAAUGGGCCCUUACAGCAACCCAUCUGACAAAGUGAAGAUCAGUGGCUUUUCAUCAACUGCUGCUGAUGAAGAGAGUGAAAUCAUAGCACCAUCUGAACCUUUCCCAACCUACCAAACCUAUGCUUUCCAAACAGAGAUCAAAAGGGGGCGUUUCAGCAUUGUCCGACAGUGCCGGGAAAAAGUCAGCGGCAAGACUUUAGCUGCUAAAAUCAUCCCUUACUGGCAAGAGGACAAACAGGCUGUGAUCUUGGAGUACCAAGUCCUGAGAAAGCUUCAUCACACAAACAUAGCUCAGCUGAAGGGAGCCUAUGUGAGCCCACGGCACUUGGUGUUGAUCCAGGAGAUGUGUGCGGGACCAGAACUACUCCAUUCUUUGGCGUUACGGCCAUCCUACUCAGAAGUGGAGGUGCGAGAUUACCUGUGGCAGAUCCUCAGUGCAGUUGAGUACCUCCAUGCACGCAGCAUCCUGCACUUGGAUCUCAGGUCUGAAAACAUGAUCAUCACUGAGCCCAACCUGCUGAAACUUCUGGACUUUGGCAAUGCACAGUUCUACACACAAGACAAAGUUAUUACCAUGGACAAGUGCAUGGACUAUGUUGAAACCAUGGAACUGCUGACAGAGCAAGGGGCCCUCCCUCAGACUGACGUCUGGUCCAUCGGAAUCACAGCAUUCAUCAUGUUGAGUGCCAACUACCCGGUCAGCUCUGACGCACCCUGUGAAUUCCUGAGAAUGACCAGGAAGGGGAAAGUGAAGCUCACGCGAUGCUACGCUGGUCUCUCUGGAGGGGCAGUGUCAUUUCUCCAGAGCACUCUCUGUGCCAAUCCCUGGGGAAGACCAUCAGCCUCGGAGUGCCUGCAGAGCCCAUGGCUCCAAGAAACAGGUUUGGACAGCAGGCAGCAAGCGCUGGUUACUUUUCCCACUACCAAACUGAGGAAUUUCCUCAUGGAACGGGAGAAGAAAAGGGAUCUGCUGUGCUCCAAGUAUGGCCUGGUGAUCGCGCAGUGAGGUGGAUGAGAAGACAGUGGUGAAUUGUCUCCCU